AUUUUCGUUGAAUUAUCUAUAUUUAUUUUGUCACCGAGUAGCUCUAGUUUUUAUUUUCGUUAUGAUGAAGUCCACUAUACUUUUUUGUUUUGUAUUAGUUUUAGGUUUAUCAUUCUUGCAUAAAGUAAGUGGAAUCAAAUGCUACCAGUGUUCUACAAAUAGUGACCCAGAAGGAUCUGAUAGUUGUGGUGCUUACGGAAAAUUCGACAAAGAUCGUCAUGUCUCGGUAGAAUGCACUAGUGAUGAAUCUCAUACGCCUGGCACAUUUUGUGUUAAAGUAACCAAACAAGGCCCCCGAGGAUAUAUAACGGAUGGUCGUUGGAGAAAUGUGAUCCGCCGUUGUGGAUUGGUUUCAGAUACUGGUGUGACUGGUGUAUGCAACUGGGGAGUUGAAUUGAAUGGAGGCUUUUGGGAAGAAUGUUAUUGUUCGGAAGAUAACUGUAAUGAAUAGAAAAUGCGAAUAUAAACAACUAGUGAAAAUGCCAUGUA